UUGGGGAUGCUGAGCUGUGGGGGCCAGGCCCAGGGAGGGAUGGGAGGAAGGGGGGCAGUGGCAGCUGUCAGGGCAUGAGCAGGUCGGGGUGCUCAUGGAUCUCGCAGUCACACCAGCAGUCAUGGACAGAGGCGACAACGACACCUCCCAUGGCGAUGGUGCCAAUCUACUAGCGCCUGGUAUCCCCUCUGUAACCCAGGCCUGGGGGCUGUGGGCCCUCUUUGGGGCUGUGACGCUGCUGCUUCUCAUCUCACUGGCUGUGCUCUGGUUCCAGCGGGCCACUGGCAAGAGCAGGAGCCCACCGGAGCCGGGACGCCCCGGAAGGAGUGCAGAAGAGACUCCCCUGUAUGGGAACCUGCAUUACCUACAGACAGGACAACUGUCUCAAGAGCCAAGGGCAGACCAGCAGGAUCCAGCUUCUGGAAGCUCCACCAGGGCUGCAGAAGAGGUGAUGUGCUACACCAGCCUGCAGCUGCGGCCUCCUCAGGGCCGGAUCUGCAGCUCUGGGACCCCCAUCAAAUACUCUGAGGUGGUGCUAGACACUGAACCAAAGCCCCAGGCUGCAAACCCUGAACCAGAGCUCUAUGCCUCAGUGUGCGCCCAGACCCGCAGGGCCAGGGCUUCCUUUCCAGACCAGGCCUAUGCCAACAGCCAGCCUGCGCCCAGCUGAGACGAGCCCUGCCUCUGUGGACACACGUGGCUUCCUUCUCCAUCAUGGAAGCUCCUUCUGCCCUGCCUGGGGCAUACAUAUGCUCCAGUUAGCCCCAGGACUUGGAAUCAUUGCUUGGUAGCAGGUGGUGUCUUUGGAACUUCCUAUCUGAGCUUUGGUGGACAUCUCCGGGUAGGACAGACACCUGCUUUCCUGACAUGGAGGCAGUAGACAGUGGCCCCCUCCCCACAUCUGUUCUGUAUGCUCCCUUCAGCCCCUUCUCUUUACUUCCUCCUCCUUUUUAACCAGUUUAACUAGCCCGGAUCUUCUUUCCUCCCUCCCAGCCUACCAGGACACCUCAGUGUCUCUUCAGGCACAGGAAGUGGGCAGGGGAGGAGGUAGGAGCCUGAGAGGAUGUGGGUGGGUAGCAUGCUUGGGAGCCCACAGGCUGGAAGGGUCCUGGGACCUAUGGACUAGAAAGAGGGGAACCCAAAUCUUGACUUCUGACCAGAGAACCUUGGUAGAAUACACUUUCCCUGCGGCUGUGU